AUGGUGAAACAGCGGAAAGAAGGAAAAGUGAGCAAAAAGCUCAAGCAGAAGCCGAACUAUGGGCCGGUCAAGAAUCGGCACACUUUUCGCGGUUCGAAUCACAGUAUGAAUCCAGAUCGUCCCAAAGAUGCCAAAGAUCAGAGCCAGAGGUCAAAAGCAACUAUCAAUCGUCUUCGAAUGUAUAAAAGCUUCAAACCGAUUAGAGAUUCGAAAGGAAAAAUUGUGAAGGCAGCGCCGUUUCAAGAGAAACUCACACCGGGAACGCAAGCAAGAAUCGAGCCGAACCGGAAAUGGUUUGGAAACACUCGAAUUAUUGGGCAAGAGCAGCUGCAAAAAUUCCAGGAGAACCUUGGAAAAGUGAUGAAAGACCCGUUCCAAGUGGUCAUGAAACAGACAAAGUUGCCGAUUAGUUUGCUUCAAGAAAAAGCGAAAACUCAACGGGUCCAUGUCACCGAAACUGAAAGUUUCGAGUACACGUUCGGCAAAAAAUCAUUGAGGAAGAAGGCGAAAUUGAGCGAUGGAUCAUUGGAGGAAAUGAAGCAAAGCGCUGAAGAAAGGGACUCGAAAUAUAAUCCCGAAAUGGAUCAGAGUCGCGACAAAGAUGUUGACGAACGACCCGAGAAUCAGAAUCCGCUCUUCCGUGCCGGACAGAGUAAUCGUGUCUGGGGAGAAUUGUACAAGGUGAUCGAUUCUUCUGAUGUCGUCGUGCAGGUUGUUGAUGCCAGAGAUCCGAUGGGAACUCGUUGUCGUCACGUUGAAGAGUUUCUGCGCAAAGAAAAACCACACAAACACUUGGUUACUGUAAUCAACAAAGUUGAUUUGGUACCGACUUGGGUUACGAGAAAAUGGAUUGCGGAGCUUUCGAAGGAGAUGCCGACGAUCGCUUUCCAUGCUUCGAUUCAAAACUCUUUCGGAAAAGGAGCUGUUAUUAAUCUGCUUCGUCAGUUUGCUAAAUUGCAUCCUGAUCGUCCACAGAUCAGUGUUGGAUUUAUCGGAUAUCCGAAUGUUGGAAAAUCGUCGUUGGUAAACACAUUGAGAAAGAAGAAAGUUUGCAAGACAGCUCCGAUUGCCGGAGAAACCAAAGUCUGGCAAUACGUGAUGCUGAUGCGUCGAAUUUAUCUCAUUGAUUGUCCCGGAGUCGUUUAUCCGCAAGGAGAUUCUGAAACUCAGAUUAUUUUAAAAGGAGUUGUUCGUGUGGAGAACGUCAAGGAUCCUGAGAAUCAUGUGCAAGGAGUUCUUGAUCGCUGUAAAGUCGAACACCUUCGUCGUCAUUACGGAAUUCCGGAUUUCAAAGGAGUCGACGACUUUUUGACGAAAAUUGCAAUUAAGCAAGGACGAUUGUUGAAGGGAGGUGAUCCGGAUGUUAACUCGAUUGCCAAAGUGGUUCUGAAUGAUUUUCAACGCGGUCGUUUGCCGUACUUUGUCGUCCCGCCAGGUUGCGAGGAGCGCGCGAAGAAGGACUUUGAACAGGCGCCGAUUAAUGAGUUGUGCGCCGAUGAUGACGAACAAGUGCCGCCAGAGGCACAGUUGGAAAUGGAUGAUGUCGCUAGAGAUGAACCAGUGGAUGAUGAGGAAGAGGAGGAAAUGACGGAAAUUGGCUCAACUUGCUCAGGACUUACGGAUUUGUCAGGAAUUAGUGAUCUUGCUGAUGAUCUACCAGAUGACGAGGAUAUUCAGAUGGAAGAAGAAGAAGGAGGUCCGUCAUCUUCAACAGCUGAACCGAAAAAAGACAUUGCGUCGAUUCGAACACGCGGAAAACGCGGAGGCAAAAAAGUGAACAAGGCGAAAAUCGCCGGAAAGACAAUCGUCGAAGCGGCGCAAGACCGAAAACCGAAAAAUGUGGUGGAUUUCGCGAAGAAGGGCGCCGAAAAAUCGAACAUAAGACUAUUAAAACCUAAUAUUUUACUAGAAUUAACCAUACCGGGCCAUUCACAAGACGCGCUUAUCAUGGAUGAGGCUACGACGGCCUGCGAAGAUCUCAAAUUCUUUGAGCGGAGACUAACCGAGGUUAUUGGGCAUAUGGGACCAUCAUGCACCCGGUGGAGAAUGGCAAUCGUGAUAUUCGCAGUGGUAAUCGGCGUCACGUGCUCAAAGUUCAUUCUAUCGAACAGUGUCGAAAGUGUUGCUUCAAGUGACUACUACUGGGCAUCGCAUAUCGACUUCAUUGUAUGUCUUGUCACUGGAUUCUUCCUUUUCGGCGUUCUCGGUGUUCAUCGUCGCGUUGUUGCGCCAUCAAUAAUUGCUCGUCGAUGUCGUGAAGCGCUCUCGCCAUUUAGUCUAAGUUGUGAUCAUAACGGGAAAUUAAUUGUGAAACCUGCGAUGCGAGUAACGGCUCCGUAA